AGUUAUCUUACGACUGAUUGGACUAAACAACUCAUCACUUUUAAAUGUUCUCGCAACAGAACUCUGCUUCUGUUACAUAAGAGAUUGCCCGAGUCACAUCGCUCGCGAUAAGGUUCGCUGUUUUGACCUGCAGCAUAAGUGGCUGACUCACUGCAUCAUUGUUGUAACUUUGUGCGGUCAGUCCGUUGAACCAUGAAACACCUAGUAAAUACCCCAGCGAAGUUAAACAAAAACUACAAAUAUCACUCCUCCGUUCAAUGAGUGCAUUAGUUAAUUUAAAGUCCAGCGAGAAGGUUGUGCGUGGAAAUUGAUCCGUCCAAAAAUGGCGAAGGUAACAGCUCCAAAUGUGGGCGGACACGUGCGCCCCAAAGAGCCACCUGGGGUGAAAGCAAAGCGGAUCUUCAAAUCUUUCGUGAAAACCAACGGUUACGUGGUCGCCACCACUUCGCUCAACUACUGCGGCGCGAUUAUCGCGGACAAGUUGACUGAAGGCGCGGUUUCGGCGCUGUUUGGGAAGGACUGGGCUAAAGAUUACAACAUGAGCUUGUACUAUGUUUUGUUCUUUGCAGCUGUGCUGCUUUUGUUUGGAAUUUGUUUUGAGUGCAAAGUUCUCAUCAUUUCCUUCAUUUUCCCGUACGCUUUGGUGAUACACAUGGAGGAGGAGAAAAAGGCCAGUUACAUGGUGCUGAAGUAUAUCUUCAGCGUGUACGCGGGCAUCGUGCUGACUUUGCUGCUGACGUUCGGAGUUCGAAAAAUCUUCAAAAGUAAGCCGCCAAACACACUCCGAGGGGGAGUCCAGCAAACGCCAAAGUGGUGGCACCGGGUUUUGGCGUUCUCUUGCUGUGGUUCUUGCCAGAAAAUCAAACAAUACCGGCAGGUGACGCAGAAUGUUUGAUAUUGUUGUGAUUUACAAAAAUUACAAAAAACUGAGAUUCAAACAAUAACUGCUAAACAGAGAUGUGGAAAAACGAGAAAAAUGAUUGAGAUUACGAGAUUUACUGCCAAAGAUUAAAACCAAACAAGUAUUGUAU